GUAGUUAUAGGUAGAGGCAGAUCUGUAUACUUGGAAAAUUGAGUUGUUCAACUCGGGCGGCUCUUCUUCAUCGAGGAAAACCUAAGCCCCCUUAAGAAACACAGACGAAGAAGAAAAGGAGAGAAUCGGAGAUGGACUUGGACCAGUGGAUCUCGAAGGUGAAAGAGGGUCAGCAUCUGUUGGAAGACGAACUUCAGCUCCUCUGCGAAUAUGUCAAAGAGAUCCUUAUUGAGGAGUCCAAUGUGCAGCCUGUCAAUAGUCCGGUCACUGUUUGUGGUGAUAUUCAUGGCCAGUUUCAUGAUCUAAUGAAACUUUUCCAGACAGGAGGUCAUGUACCGGAAACAAAUUACAUAUUUAUGGGGGAUUUUGUUGAUCGAGGAUACAAUAGUCUUGAAGUUUUCACGAUCCUAUUGCUUCUUAAAGCUAGAUACCCAGCAAAUAUUACCCUUUUACGUGGAAACCAUGAAAGCAGGCAACUAACCCAGGUAUAUGGUUUUUACGAUGAGUGCCAGAGGAAGUAUGGAAAUGCUAAUGCAUGGCGGUAUUGUACAGACGUUUUUGACUAUUUGACACUCUCAGCAAUUAUUGAUGGAACUGUGCUUUGUGUCCAUGGUGGUCUUUCUCCCGAUAUUCGAACAAUUGAUCAGAUACGGGUUAUAGAACGAAAUUGUGAAAUUCCGCAUGAGGGGCCAUUUUGUGAUCUCAUGUGGAGUGAUCCUGAGGAUAUUGAGACAUGGGCAGUUAGUCCACGUGGAGCUGGUUGGCUUUUUGGGUCCAGGGUCACUUCUGAGUUCAAUCACAUAAACAAUCUUGAUCUGGUUUGUCGAGCACACCAGCUUGUACAAGAAGGCCUCAAGUACAUGUUUCAAGAUAAAGGCUUAGUAACUGUGUGGUCUGCACCAAAUUACUGCUAUCGUUGCGGGAAUGUGGCUUCCAUACUGAGCUUCAGUGAUAAUAUGGAGAGAGAAGUGAAAUUUUUCACUGAAACAGAGGAGAACAACCAGAUGAGAGGCCCCAGGACAGGAGUCCCAUAUUUCUUAUGAUCGUGGGGAGGUGUUUGCCUGCAUUGCUUGUAAAAUAAUUGAAGAAUUGUGAUAUGACGUUGAGUGUGCAGUACUGAGGAAUCCUGAAUACGUGGGGUAUUUGUAGAUCGAUCUUUCAUAUGCAUGCCUAGGGAUUUCCCGUAUGGUCUAGGGUACUUUGAUAUUUGUGGUCAGAGUAUUAGGUCGCUAAUUGUUACUCCAUUAUUUAUCAGUUAAUGUGCUCAUUCCAUGAAGUUUCUUGUCCAGUCUGCUCUUGGAUUCUUGUGCUGUGAAUUAGGCUGUUAUUGUUGUACUUGGUUAUUUUUAAUAAGCAUCUUGCAUAUGUAUUUUGUCA